AAACAUCGGAGUUUGACACAAAUGUGUACACAACAAUCAAAAUCAAAGAAAUUUUUGGAAACAGUGAAAAGAGCCAACAAUUUGAAAAUGCAAUCGUUUGCCAGUGUUUUCGUAACAGUUGGAACGACACAAUUUGACGAUUUGAUCGAUGUCAUUCUUACCGAUGAUGUGUUGACGUUGCUGCAACGUAUUCAGUGCAAAUUAUUGAAAAUACAAUACGGAGCGGGGAAGCAAAUCGAUUCCACAACGAUAGAUCGAAUUGAACGAAAAUUUUCAAUAAAAAUUCAAUGUUAUGAUUUCAAAGCGAACAUUUUGGCUGAUAUAACAUCAAGCGAUUUGGUGAUAAGUCAUGCGGGCGCCGGUAGUUGUAUCGAGGUACUUACGUCGAAAAUACCGCUGAUCGUUGUCGUCAAUGACCAGCUGAUGCACAACCAUCAAACAGAAUUGGCACAACAGCUCUUCAACGAUUCUCAUCUAUUGUACUGUUCGCCAUCAACACUGACUGAAACACUCGACGACAUAGGCAGAAAAGUGUCAUCACUAAAACCAUACGAAGCGGGCCACAAUAAUAUGACAAAAUUCGUAAACCAUUUGAGUUCAUUGAUGGGAUUUGAAUAAAGAAAUUAAAAUUGAAGAAAA